CCAGCACCAUCCUAGGUCAAUUUCUGUCUCUCUGUUAAAGACAUAGAGAAAUAGAAGUGGUGCCUAAUAUGUCCCUACCCUCGCACUUUACCCUCAACUCCGGCGCCAAAAUCCCUGCCGUGGGAUUUGGUACCUGGCAAGCCAAGCCCCUUGAGGUGGAAAACGCCGUCGAAGUGGCCCUCAAGGAGGGUUACCGCCACAUUGAUUGCGCCGCCAUCUAUCGCAACGAGACCGAAGUCGGCAAUGGCAUUCGCAAGUCCGGGGUGUCCCGUGAAGAGAUCUUCGUUACUGGCAAGCUGUGGAACACCAAGCACGCCCCGGAGGACGUGGAGCCAGCCCUCGACAAGACCCUGCAAGAUCUAGGCCUCGAUUACUUGGAUCUCUAUCUCAUGCACUGGCCCUGCGCCUUCAAGGGUGGCGACAAAUGGUUUCCCCUCAACGACGAUGGAGUGUUCGACUUGGCCGCCAUUGACUACAUCACCACCUACCGCGCCAUGGAGAAAUUGCUAGCGACGGGCAAGGUACGCGCCAUUGGCGUGUCCAAUUUCAAUAUCCGUCGUUUGGAGGAGCUGCUUGGCCAAGUCUCCGUCGUGCCCGCCGUCAACCAGAUCGAAGCCCAUCCGUACUUGCAACAGCCGGACCUGCUGCAAUACUGCCAGAGCAAAGGUAUUCUCAUCGAAGCCUACUCUCCGCUGGGCAACAACCAGACUGGGGAGCCACGCACAGUUGACGACCCGUUGGUGCACCGCGUGGCGGGCGAUCUUGGCUUGGACCGCGGACCACUGCUGGCCAGCUGGGGCGUGCAGCGUGGCACCGUCGUGCUAUCCAAGAGUGUCACCCCGGCUCGCAUUGCAGCUAACUUGCGAGUCCGGGCGUUGCCGGAGGGGGCCUUUGCACAGUUGAACUCGCUGGAACGCCACAAACGCUUCAAUUUUCCGGGCCAUUGGGGAUACGACAUUUUUGAGGAGGUCGGUGAGGAGGCGGUACGCCAGACUGCGCUGGCUGCGGGUCCUAGUAACAAGGUUAAGUUUACUCUAUAG